AUGGAAAACACGCAGUCAUUGCCCAAGGGAUUACGCGUGCGACAAUGUGUUUUUCUUGUGAAGGUGAACUCGGACAAGGAGUGGCGAAGAAAAGAGAUUAAAAAAGAAGAUUCUCUUGGUUAUGCUGGACAGUUUCAACUUCUUUGGAUACGAAGGAGUGGUUUUCUAAAAACAAAGAUGUGUUCUUUGCUCAUUGUUAUUAUUCUCUACCGAACGCCUGUACAAGAACACCAGCAGCAUCAAGUGGCCGAAUACUACGGAGCCAAUGUUCGUGAAGAUGAGACGGUUCCGACCUUGGAUAUAGCAGCUUUUGGUCGUAAAUGA